AUGGGCGCAUCACUAGCAUUGGCAAGCAAACAAAUUAUUAUCUAUGGUGGAAUACCUGUUUGUAUCACUGGUAUCAUUGGAAAUGCCUUGAAUCUCAUUGUCUUCUUGUCCUUAGAAACUUUCCGUAAGAAUGCCUGUGCAUUCUAUCUAAUAAUGAUGUCGAUGUUUAAUAUUGGUCAACUGUGUUUUGGCUUUUUCUUUUCACGCGUAAUCAUUGCUUUAAUUGGAACGGAUGGGACAACCUCGUCGUUGUUUUAUUGUAAAUUUCGAAUCUCACUAAGUCAGUUUUGUGUCGCCGCAUCGCUGACAUGUUUUUGCUUGGCAACAGUCGAUCAAUUCUUCGCCACUUGUUCUCAACCUCGUUGGCAACGAUUCAGUAACAUCAAAGUAGCACAUCGUCUCGUCAUCAUCACUAUCUUACUUUGGAUAUGUCACGGAAUUCCAUAUAUUGUUUUUUAUCAUCAUAUUGAAUCAUCUACAAACACAACUAGCUGUGGAAGUGACAAUCUGAUGUUUAACAACUAUCGUGCAUAUUUUUUUGUUCUUGGGUUGAUUGGUUAUCUUCCAGUUCUAGUAGCUGCUUCAUUUGGUUAUUUAUCUUAUCGAAAAAUUCAACAAAUCGCUUAUCGAACCGUUCCAAUUGUUCGCCGCGAAUUGGACAAACAAUUGACAAGUAUGGUUUUGAUUCAAGUGAUUUUCAAUGUUUUUACCAUUUUACCUUAUACAACUGCAAAUGCACUUUCGACAGAUGCAAGUUUCACGAAUGAUCCCAAUAUUCAGCGGCAAUUUCAGCUGAUUUUGAAUAUAAUUAUCAUUAUUUACUAUAUUUAUUUUGCAAGUCCAUUUUAUAUUUACAUGUGUGCAUCUGAACGUUUUCGUCGACAAUUUCUUUAUGUCUUAUCGAGCUUAUACUGUUUCAAUCAAUGCAAACAACCAACAAUGGUUCAUAAUCAAAUAACACCGGAAGUACAAACCACGCCUAAACAGUAG